AUGAGGAUCCUCAUCAAGGGAGGUGUUUGGAAAAACUCCGAGGAUGAAGUCUUGAAGGCAGCGGUCAUGAAAUAUGGCCUCAACAACUGGCCUCGAGUUGCUUCUCUGCUAGCCAGGAAGAGUCCCAAGCAGUGCAAGUCUCGCUGGUACGAAUGGCUGGAUCCCAGUGUCAAGAAGACUGAGUGGACGCGUGAGGAGGAGGAAAAGUUGCUGCACUUGGCGAAGCUCUUCCCAACCCAGUGGCGGACGAUAGCUCCGAUUGUUGGCCGCACAGCCUACCAAUGCUUGGAGCACUACGAGAAGCUUCUGGAUCAAGCCCAGGGCAAAGACGAAAUGGACGAAAACGAUCCGCGCCGAUUGAAGCCGGGCGAGAUCGAUCCUCAUCCAGAGACCAAGCCUGCGAGGGCUGAUCCGAUUGAUAUGGAUGAGGAUGAGAAGGAGAUGUUGUCAGAGGCCCGUGCAAGGCUGGCCAACACCCGCGGCAAGAAAGCAAAGCGCAAGGCGCGUGAGAAGCAACUGGAAGAGGCACGACGGCUUGCUGCACUGCAGAAGCGGCGAGAGCUCAAGGCUGCAGGCAUCAGCACCUCGCGGAGGUACAAAUCACGAAAGUACAUUGACUAUGGGGAGGAAGUGCCCUUCGAGGCCGUGCCUCCCGUGGGCUUCCAUGAAGUCGGACCGGAAGAGACACCAAGAGUUACCAUGGGCAUGGCGAACGUGACACUACAGGCGGUUGAGCACCGCACCCGACUGGACGAGGAGAGGCGGCGGCGCAAGGAUGAUGAGAGGAAGCUCAAACGCCUGAAGGACGAGAACCUUCCCGAGGCCAUCGAUAUGAUCAACAAGCUCAAUGACCCCCAGCAGCUUCGGAAACGUACAGCAUUGAGCCUGCCCGCCCCGCAGCUUAACGACGAGGAGCUCGAAGCGAUCGUCAAGAUGGGUGCGGAUGCAGCUGCACUUCAGGCUGAGAGUGCUGACACCUCCACGGCGGGCCUUGUUCAAAGCUAUGGGGACACGCCGGGUGCGACGCCAGUUCGGACCCCAAGGCGUCCGGAUCCUGUUCUGCUGGAAGCACAGGUGCAGGCAGGUGUGACGCCGCGUGAGGAGGUUGCAAGCAUGUUAGGUUCAAUGACACCAGGUGGUGUCACGCCUGGUGCCACGCCUGGAGCUACGCCGAAUCCGCUGGCACAGACGCCAGGGCUUCGCGGUGCAACAGCUGGCCUCACGCCGAACCCACUUCUUGGACAGACGCCUGGACCUGGUGGUACCCCCGGGCCAGGAGGUGCCGGCAAGGGCCUUCGCGACGGCUUGGCACUAAAUCAGGAUGAGGAGCUUGAACAGAUGCCGGACAGGAUCCGGAAGGCAAACCAGCGCAUGCAGAUGCAAGCCGCGUUGGGCAGCUUGCCAGCCCCGAUGAACGAAGUCGAGAUCUCGAUGCCCGAUCUCAUGGAGGAGGAAGCAGACAGCCAGGCGCCUUUGGAGGAAGACGCUGCUGAUGCCGACAAACGCCGGGCGCAGGAGGAGCAAAAAAGAUUGGAGAUCGAACGUCAGAAGCAAAGCCAGCCCGUAAAACUGGGUUUGCCACGCCCCGUGCAGACGCAGAUGAUGAUCUUUGAGAGUGCAGCGUCGCAAGCCGGAGAAGUGCUGGAGGGGCCGAAACAUUUGCUGCAGCAGGCAGAAGUUUUGCUUCACGAGGAGAUGGGUGCUAUGGUGACUCGUGACGCUGUGCUGUUCCCUGUCAAGGGCGCCAAGCCUCCGAAGAAGGCUCCUCCAGCGGGCAUUGACUUUAGCCUGGAGGAGUUGAAGUCCGCUGGCGAGCUGCUGGAGGAGGAGCUGCAGGCUUUUGCACAGGAUGCAGGCGGUGGUCAAAACUCCGAAGUGGCGGUGCAGGCAGCCUUCGAGGAAAGCACUAGCGAGCCCUACGUUUUCCUGCCCUCUGCCAAGCGCUAUGUGGACGGCCGGCGCCUCGGCCGAAAGGAACGAACCGAGUCCGCCAGGCACAAGUUCGAGAUCGUAGACUCUCAUCACCAGAAGGAGAGCAAAAAGUCAAAAAAGAUGGAGGAGAAAAUGGAAAGACUUCUGGGAGGCUACAUGACCAAGGCGAGACAAGCGCUCCUUCAUAUUCGGAAACUCUCCGAGGAGCGGGAAACCGUUGCCAUCGAGACAGAGGUCUUCCAGACGCUCCGGGCCAGAGAAGAGAAGGCAAUUCUGAGCCGCGUGGAGGAGCUCAGGGAUCAGGUUGAGCAUGAGAAGCAGAGGAACCUGAAACUGCAGAACCGCUACAAGGCGCUGAAGGUGCUACAAAAGCAGAUAGAUGACAAGCUGCAAUAA